GUCAGAGUAAAAAGCGUUCUGUGGUCUCUAUCGUGAAAUAAAUUAUAAAUGUUCUGAUUAUUGAUAAAAUAAAUACUAAAAUAAACCUAAAAAAAAAUAGUCAAUGAAAAUUGGAAAUAGUUUCAAUAAAACAAUGAAUUUUUUUGACAAUUUAUACAAACAAAGCUUACAGGAAAAUGAAAAGAACUUGAAGUUUUGGGAAGACUAUUUACACAGCUUGAAUUUGUUAGAUCUUAAACUUUAUUUCGAUAAGCUAAAAGUGGAUAUUCUGGUUCCAAUUGGAAACAGGAUUUUAUUUAGAGGAGCUCUGAAACAUACGAAUGAAGUUACUGUUGCCUUAGGGGCAGAUUACUUUGUUAAAUGUUCUCUUAAUCAAGCAGAAGUGCUUCGACAACAUAGAAUUAAAGAUGCACAAUCCAAAGUAGAUGUUUAUAGGAAGGAGAAGACAUAUUUACAAAGCCAACUAAACCUUAAUAAGGAAACUAUUCAAAACAAAUGUGGUCAGGACAUUAUUGAAACAUGUACAGAUGAAGAAGAUAAAUUGUGGAGAAUACAGCACAGAGAAAGACUUAGGCAAUAUAAUCUGAGCAAAGAAAAGAAAAAUGAGGAUAACAAAAUAGAAAUAAAUGAUAAGGAACUAUGGGAAAGACUAGAAGAACUAGAAUUACAAGAGGAGUUAGAAAAUCAAAUGAUGACACCUGAUGGCAUUGUUGAUACAGAUGAUAAUAUUAAUACUAGAAGUGAGAAAGAAGAUUCUUCUAACUUACUACCAUUUAAGGCUAACUUCCAUAAUUUAAAUGACCUACAAAAACCAAUAAAUAAUGUGGAUUGUAACCGAGUUACAACUGAUGCCCAUAUAUUGAACAUCCAAGCUAGGGAGCAAACAUCAAAUGAUUUGCUAGAGCAGGUUCUGAACCGACAAAAACAUUUAGAAAAUAAAUUACUUGAAUUGAAAAAUAUGAAAGGAAAAAACAGUAAAACUGAAAAUGAUUUACUUUCUAGGUUAGAUGAAAUAGAAAAGCUUGAAGAGGUAGAAGAUGAAAUGGACAGACUAGAAAAUAUACUAGAUGAUGCAGGUGAUGAUAAUAAUACAAAAAAUGUGGUUAGUGACCAUGAAAAAAGAGUUUCUUUUGCAUGUGAUGAUGAUGAUGUUGAAACAUUUGAAAUAACAUUCAAGCAUUCAGAUGUAGUACCUAGUUCAAAUCCAUACAGAUCUGAAAGUGGCAUAAUGAAACCAAGUGAUAUUUAUGUAGCCUUUUCUCACAUGUUUACUGAUGAGACCAAAUCUAUAUUAAAGAGAGAUAAUAAUAUAUAUUGUGACAAAAUUGAUGAUACUGAUAAGGUUAAAGAAACACAAUCGGAAAUAAACAGAUUAGAUGAAGUUAGGCAAGAAAUAAUCAUUAAAGAUGUAUUAGAAAAUAAAGAAAAUUAUAUAUCAAAACAAGAAAAUAAUCAGAGGCCUGCUAGUAUAUUUAAGAAACAAAGACUUAAGCAAAAAUUGCUAUCAUAAUCACUUGAGAUAUAUCUAUGAGUUUUGAAAUAAAUCAAUCAAAUUGUUA